AUGGAUACCUUAUGUAUUCAUCAUGAUCAUGAUGGUAUAUCCGAUGAUGAAGUUAAAUUAUGGCUUAAUGGUGUUGUUCCACCAAUAUAUUUAUCAAAUGGUGAAAAACCAUCAAAUAAUCCAACUCGACAAGCACUUGAACAAACUCUAACUUGUUUAGAUAAAGCAUCACAACCAACUUUAACAUAUUCAUCUGGUUUAGCAGCUGCAAUUUCAGUUUGUUUAACUUUUUUAAAAAAAGAUGAUCAUGCUAUUAUUGUUGAUGAUGCUUAUUCAGGAACAACAAAUAUUUUUCAAGAUUGUUUGAGUCGAUGGUCAAUACAUUCAUCAUUUAUUAAUCUAUCAGAAACACCAUCAAUUAUAACUCAACAUUUUCUUCCAAAUACUCGUCUUGUAUGGCUUGAAUCACCGUCAAAUCCUUCUAUGCGUUUAGUUGAUAUUAAUACAAUUUCAUCAAUUGUUCAUUCACAUGAUUCAUCUAUAAUCGUUAUUGUUGAUAAUACUUUUGCUUCACCUCUUAAUCAAUCACCACUUUCACUUGGUGCUGAUAUUUGUCUUUCAUCAUUAACAAAAUAUAUAAAUGGUCAUUCAGAUGUUAUUGGUGGAAGUUUAUCAAUGAAUCGAAAAGAUUUACAUGAAAAAUUAGUUUCAAAUCAAUCGUUAUUUCAUAUGAAUUUAUCACCAUUCGAUUGUUAUUUAGUACGACGUGGUUUAAAUACACUUCCAAUACGUAUGAGACAACAUAUGAAAAAUGCAUAUCAAAUAGCACAAUUUCUUGAACGUCAUCCAGCUGUUGAACAUGUGUUCUAUCCAGCUUUACCAUCACAUCCACAACAUGAAAUUUAUAAAAAACAAGGUGGAGCAUCAGGCAUGUGUAGUUAUAUAUUAAUUGAAAAGGCUGAUGUUGAACAAUUUCUUCUUGCAUUAAAAUUAUGUACAGUCGCAGUUAGUUUAGGUGGAUGUGAAACACUUAUUGAAUCACCAGCUAUAAUGACACAUCGAUCAACAUUAUAUGCAAUUGAUGUUAGCGGACAAAUGUCUGAGAAAUUAAUUCGAAUGUCUGUUGGCUUAGAAAAUGUACGAGAUAUUAUCAUGGAUUUAGAUCGAGCAUUAAAUCGAUCAAUUAAUCAAGAUAUUAUAAAUAAUAAUCUAACUAAUAAUAAUGAUGAUUUGGAAUUAAUUGAUGAAGCAAAACGUAUAUCUCAUCGUUUAUAUCAAUCUCGUGUACAUGUUAUAACUGCUGCUUUACGUACAACAUCUGGUCGUAUCUAUUCAGGUACUCAUUUUGAAUCAUCUCAAGCACAUGCAAGUAUAUGUGGAGAAGUUAGUGCUAUAUCAGCAAUGAUGAAUGAUGGUUAUCAAGAUUUAGCAACAAUAGUAGUAUUACGUGGAUUUGAUGAAGAUAGAAAUCGUUUUGAAAUUAUAAAUCCAUGUAAUAGAUGUCGAGUAUUAAUUAAUGAUCUCAAUUCUAAUGCACAAGUUAUUGUGGGAACAACUGAUAAACCGAUUCGAAUGACUAUAAGUGAUUUGAUUUAG